AUGCUCGCUUUCCGAACGCCUCCAUCCCUUCAGGCCAGCGCCAGGGCUGACGCAGCGGCCGCCCGCCCGCAUAUCCUCAGGCGUGCCGCCGCGCAGCGCGGCGGCGCCUGCCGCGCAGGGCCGGACGGGCGGAGCGCGGCCGCCGACAGGGAUGGUGCUUCGGCCAGCGGCCGCAGCAUUGUCGCAGCCAUCGGUCAGGAUCACCAGAG